AUGUUCGCCUCCAAGAUCGUCAUGGCUGCCAUCGCCCUCGGUGCCGUUAGCUUCGCCGCCCCCGUCGAGAAGCGCGAGGCCCAGGUCCUUGCCCCUCCCCCGGCUAUGCUCGGCCCUCUCGGCCUGAAGAGCAUCACGUCUACCAUCGAUGCCCAGGCCACCGUCAGCACCGCCACCGGCGCCGUUAACUCGGUCGUCUCCUCUGUCGCCGCUUCCAACAUCGUCUCCGUUCCGACUACCCUCGUGUCAGCUGCCAACACCAAGCUGGCCAGCCAGUCCCCGUCCAGCUCCCAGGCUGCCAACCCCCAGGCCACCAGCUCUACUGCCACUAGCUCCCAGGCCACCAGCACUGUCAAGGUCACCAUCAAGACCAAGUCUGCUAAGGUCGCCAAGAAGACCACCAACGCCGCCGCCGACGCCGCCGCCACUGCGUCCGCCUAG